CACUCCGCUCACUCCACUCGCAGCACUCACACACAGAACGCUGAAGUUGUUAGGCGAGCUCACACUUUCGCGUAUACGUGACCUUAGCUGUCAAGCGGUUGUAUUCCUCCUCGACCGGCGAGAGGAUCCUCUGACUGAAGAAGACACAACAACUCUUCAGCUGAAAACAUGGUUUGCCUGCUGCCAAGACUGUGUGGAGUUAGGACCCACAAAUGGGCUUUCAUUAUUUGCAUCAUCGAUCUGGCAUUGCACAUUUUAUUGUUGACGAUAUGCGUCAAGUAUAUCGCUGCAUUCGCGGAAGAGAUGAAAAAUAGUGAGGAAACAGUCUCUUUGAAGAGUAGCGGAGAACAGCAGCAGUCAAGUGAAAACGAUUACGGAGACACAAUCAGGUCAAAUGGAACCUUGGAAAACUUGAGCGAGCGAGUGGUCGAGUUGUUAGAGUCAUUGGGCGAAUCUUGGGAUUUGGGGGAGAAGUUUUUGUUUUAUUUGGCGAUCGUCGGAGCUGUGUAUGAACUGUUUUGCAUCCCAUCGAUUCUUUGUCUCGCCGCCGGACUUUGCUGUAGAACUGCGUAUAUGAGUGUGCCGUGGCUGGUGAAAACUGUGGUGGAGAUCGGCGUGGUUAUAUUCCUGAUUGUUUACGUUCAGGCGGAGGAGCCGAUCGUCCUCGCCAUACUGCUCGCCUAUCUCGGACACGAGUUGCUGGGAGCCUUUUUGGUGCUCAGUGGCGUCAGCACCAUGAAUGGCUCUAUGGACAUGACAGAAGACAUGAACGGGGAGCCUGCUGAGACUGAGUUGAAACUUCUAAGUGGAAGCCGCCACGAGCCAGUUUGAACCAAAACGCCGCAGAGACGCGACAAGUCAUUCGCAAUCGAAAAUAAUAUACACGCGCAUCUUCGUCAACAAUCACGAAUACUGCAUCAAAGACUGUUUCGGAAAGUGUUCUGUGUCAUUAAUUUUAAUUUAGAAAAAUGUGCUGUCCUGAUUGAUGAUGGAGUAUAUUUUUAAUUAAUUAUUUGUUUUUGCGCGUAUUGAGAAAAAAUUAAAAAGAAAUGUAGUAAUUAAGUGUUACUCAGUUAAUAAAUCAAUGGAUUGAUAGAAUAAGAUUAUAA